UAUUUCCUUGAUCAAGUAAAGAACCAAGGACGACACUGCAGAUCGUAUUUAGAGUAGUUUCGCGUCCUUCGGAUUCGUCUUAAUCUUCAAUAAUCUCAGCGAUGGCUUCUCUCUUCUUUCGCAAAUUUUAAUUUUUCGUUUUUUAUUUAUUUUUUUUACAAAUAAUUAAUUCCACUUAAACUCGAUUAAGUUCAAUAGAUAAUCCUCUGAACUGAUUCAUCGCCGAUCAAAGUUGACAACCACCCGAAACCGAGUCUCCGUUAUCGAUCCAAUCACACCCUCAAUGUCGACGAGCAAGCCCCAAAGAUCUCCAUCCGAAAUCGAGGACAUAAUCCUCCGCAAGAUCCUCUACGUAACCCUAGCCGAAUCCGCCACCGAUGCCUCCGAUCCUCGAGUCGUCUACUUGGAGAUGACAGCCGCCGAGAUUCUCAGCGAAGGCAAACCCCUCCUCCUCUCCCGCGAUCUGAUGGAGAGAGUCCUCAUCGAUCGCCUCUCCGGCAACAACAACUUCCCCUCCUCCUCCGCCGCGGAGCCGCCUUUCCCGUACCUAAUCGGCUGCUACCGCCGCGCGUACGACGAGUCCAAGAAGAUCCAGUCGAUGAAGGACAAGAAUCUGAGGUCGGAGAUGGAGACCGUCACCAGGGACGCGAGGAGGCUCGCGGUUUCGUACUGCAGGAUUCACCUGGCGAAUCCGGAGUUGUUUGGGGGAUCGGAUGAUGCCAGGAAGGCGAAGAAGAGGAGGAACGUGUCUCCUCUGCUUCCGUUGAUCUUCUCCGAGGUUGGUUCUGGCUCGUUGGAUAUGUUUGGUGGUGGUGGUGGGAGUAGUGGGGGUGUUCAGUGUCCUCCUGGUUUUUUGGAUGAGUUUUUCAAGGACUCGGACUUUGAUAACUUGGAUUUGAUUCUCAAGGAGUUGUAUGAGGAUUUGAGGUCUUCGGUUAUUAAUGUGUCUGUGCUUGGAGAUUUCCAGCCGCCGUUGAGGGCGCUUAAGUAUCUUGUUAGCUUGCCUGUUGGAGCUAAGUCUCUGGUUAGUCAUGAGUGGUGGGUUCCGCGUGGGGCUUAUAUGAACGGUCGAGCUAUGGAGUUGACGAGCAUUCUCGGCCCUUUCUUCCAUAUUAGCGCAUUGCCUGAUAACACUCUCUUCAAGAGUCAACCUGAUGUUGGGCAGCAGUGUUUCUCUGGAGCAUCGGAACGUCGUCCUGCAGAUUUGUUAUCAUCCUUCUCUACAAUCAAAAACUUUAUGAACAUUUUGUACAGUGGGCUGCAUGAUGUACUGAUGAUUUUACUUAAAAGCACCGAUACACGUGAGUGUGUUCUACAGUUUCUUUCGGAAGUGAUCAAUGCAAAUGCGUCGAGAGCCCAUAUACAGGUUGAUCCAGUUUCUUGUGCUAGCUCAGGCAUGUUUUGUAACCUCAGCGCAGUCAUGCUCCGGCUCUGUGAACCAUUUUUGGACCCGCAUUUUACUAAAAGGGAUAAGAUCGAUCCAAAAUAUGCAUUCGCUGGGCAUCGCUUAAAAUUAAGCGACUUGACUGCUCUCCAUGCAUCAUCCGAGGAAGUUUCUGAGUGGAUUGACAAGGGUAAUACGGCAAAAGCAAAUGACGCUGGAAACGGAAAUGAAAGUCGCUUGUUACAAUCCAAAGAAGCCACAAGUUCAAGUAGUUCUUCUCAGCAGAAUGCAAAGUCAACAACUAAAUACACUUUCAUUUGUGAAUGCUUCUUUAUGACUGCAAGGGUCCUCAAUUUGGGUCUCUUAAAAGCACUCUCGGACUUUAAACAUCUUUCUCAGGACAUCUCGAGAGGUGAAGACAAUCUUGCAACAUUAAAAGCCAUGAGAGAUCAAGCACCGUCUCCACAGUUGGAGCUUGACAUAACCAGAAUGGAGAAAGAAUUAGAGUUGUAUUCUCAGGAAAAGCUUUGCCACGAAGCUCAAAUAUUAAGGGAUGGAGACUUUAUCCAACGAGCUAUCUCUUUCUAUCGAUUAGUCAUUGUUUGGUUAGUUGGACUUGUUGGUGGCUUUAAGAUGCCUUUACCUUCAACUUGCCCCAUGGAAUUCUCCUGUAUGCCGGAGCAUUUUGUUGAAGAUGCGAUGGAGUUACUGAUAUUUGCUUCAAGAAUCCCCAAGGCUUUGGAUGGAGUGCUGCUGGACGACUUUAUGAACUUCAUAAUAAUGUUCAUGGCAAGUCCAGAAUAUAUUAGAAACCCGUAUCUCAGAGCAAAGAUGGUUGAAGUUCUGAACUGCUGGAUGCCACGUUCAAGUGGUUCUUCUGCUACAUCUACUCUCUUUGAAGGCCAUCAGUUAUCCCUUGAGUAUCUUGUCAGGAAUUUACUGAAACUAUAUGUUGACAUUGAGUUCACGGGUUCUCACACUCAGUUCUAUGACAAGUUCAACAUUCGCCACAACAUUGCCGAGCUUCUAGAGUAUCUCUGGCAGGUGCCUAGUCACCGAAAUGCGUGGAGACGGAUUGCAAAAGAGGAAGAGAAGGGCGUGUACUUGAACUUCUUAAACUUCUUAGUCAAUGAUAGCAUCUUUCUUCUGGAUGAAAGUCUUAACAAAAUUCUCGAGAUUAAACAAAUCGAGGCAGAGAUGUCAAAUACUGCAGAGUGGGAGCAGAGACCAGCGCAAGAGAGACAGGAUAGAACGAGACUCUUCCACUCUCAGGAGAAUAUUGUUAGAAUUGACAUGAAGCUGGCUAAUGAGGAUGUGACUAUGCUUGCAUUUACAUCUGAGGAGAUCACCGCCCCAUUUCUACUCCCUGAGAUGGUUGAGAGGGUUGCGAAUAUGCUUAAUUACUUCUUGUUACAACUGGUGGGUCCACAGCGUAAGUCUUUAAGCUUGAAAGAUCCUGAGAAGUACGAGUUCCGUCCAAGACAGUUGCUUAAACAGAUUGUUCGUAUAUAUGUCAAUCUCGCAAGAGGAGACUCAGAAAACAUAUUUCCCAGUGCCAUAUCCAGUGAUGGACGAUCAUAUAACGAACAGCUAUUCGACGCAGGAGCAGAUGUUCUUAGGAGAAUAGGCGAAGAUGGAAGAAUCAUUCAAGAGUUUAUGGAGUUGGGCACAAAGGCCAAAGCUGCUGCUUCUGAAGCUAUGGAUGCUGAAGCUGCACUUGGUGAAAUACCAGACGAGUUCCUCGACCCAAUUCAGUGCACGCUAAUGAGAGAUCCAGUGAUACUCCCAAGCUCAAAAAACACAGUUGAUCGAGCCAUCAUUCAACGUCAUCUUCUUAGCGACAAUCACGACCCGUUUAACCGGGCACAUUUGACAUCGGAUAUGUUAAUACCGGACAUCGAAUUGAAAGCGAGAAUCGAUGAGUUUGUGAGGACGCAUCAGUCUAAGAAACGAUCGAGUGGAGAAGAUAGCAGCAACAAGGAGAGGAUACAGACUACAAGCAGUGAUAUGUUAAUCGAUUAAUUGUGUAUUCCUAGAGACGAACAAAAAUAAUAACAGCAACACUCUGUUUCUAUUACUUAGGCUUUUCUUCGAUUAGAAUUGUGGCUUAUUUUCCUGUCCUGUCUUACAUGCGUUAAGUUGAAAUAUUUCCAAAUUUAUUAUAAAAAUCUUAUU